GCCUCAGGUGGGGAUGAGCCGGCCGGUACCCGCCCUCUGACCAGGGCGAGCGGGCCCUACCGCCGCGCUGCGCUGAGUGAGGGGGAAGCGGAGGGAUUCCUGGAGAAGUGCUGCGUCUUGGGGCGGCAGCUGAUCAGGAGAGACACCCAGUGCCCCCAAAAGCCCCUGAGCUGAAAGGGGCCAGAGAGGGGCUGUCAUGGGCCCUGAGCUACCUGCAUCUUGGCUGCUGCUCUUCACCUGGCUCCCAGCAGGGUGCCUGUCCUUGCUGGUGACGGUCCAGCACACAGAGCGCUAUGUCACCCUGUUUGCCUCUGUCAUCCUCAAAUGUGACUACACCACCUCUGCCCAGCUUCAGGACGUGGUGGUGACAUGGCGCUUCAAGUCCUUCUGCAAGGACCCCAUCUUUGACUACUACUCUGCAUCAUACCAGGCCGCGUUGUCCCUGGGCCAGGACCCAUCCAAUGACUGCAAUGACAGCCAGCGGGAGGUUCGAAUCGUGGCCCAGAGGCGGGGGCAGAAUGAGCCCGUGCUGGGGGCGGAUUACCGGCAGCGCAAGAUCACUAUCCAGAACCGAGCAGAUCUCGUAAUUAAUGAAGUGAUGUGGUGGGACCAUGGAGUGUAUUAUUGCACCAUUGAGGCUCCCGGGGACACAUCAGGAGACCCAGAUAAGGAGGUGAAACUCAUUGUCCUGCAUUGGUUGACUGUGAUCUUCAUCAUUCUGGGAGCUCUCCUCCUAAUCCUGCUGAUUGGAGUGUGCUGGUGCCAGUGCUGUCCUCAGUAUUGCUGCUGCUACGUCCGCUGCCCCUGCUGUCCCAACCGUUGCUGCUGCCCCGAGGAAGCCCUGGCCCGCCACCGCUACAUGAAGCAGGCUCGGGCCCUAGGUACUCAGAUGAUGGAAAAACCCCUGUACUGGGGGGCGGACAGGAGCUCCCAGUUUUCAUCUUAUCCAAUGAACCAACUGCUGCAGCGAGAUUUGUCCCUGCGAUCCAGCCUCCCACAGAUGCCAAUGACCCAGACCACUGCUCACCCUCCCAUCAGCAACGGUGUCCUAGAGUAUUUGGAGAAAGAGCUACGGAACUUCAACCCUGCCCAGCCUCUGCCCGCUGACCUCAAAGCCUUAUCUGGCCAACCACACAGCAAGCUGUCCUCCCUGGGCUCUGAGGUGGUGGAACGCAGAAUCAUCCACCUGCCCCCGCUAAUCAGAGACCUGCCGUCUUCCAGGAGGGCCAGCAACUCCUCCCGCCAGCAAUGGCUCACCCCAACGCCCCCUGGACUCUGGGACCUGAGGGAGGAAAGAAGGCAGCACCACCACUCUGAUUUCCACCAUGAGCUCCAGGACCCGGAACCUAAACGCUGGGCGUUGGAGCGAAGGGAGCUGGACCAACUACGGAAUGGAAGGCACCGCAGCUCCAGGCCGAACAGGUCGCCCAUCCCCUGGUCAGACAGGGACAGCCUCAGCGAUGGCCUUUCGUCCAGCGAGGACCGCUGGCGGCCCAACCACCCCCCUAUCCGGAACCGCUACCCAGACAGACCGCACAGGCCCAGCCCCCGGGAGAGCGCCCUGAGGCACCAGAGGCGGAGGCACCGGAGCUACUCCCCGCCCCUCCCCUCAGGCCUCAGCUCUUGGAGCUCCGAGGAGGAGAAGGAGAGGCUACCCAGGAGCCGGAGCCGGGGGACCCACCGCCGCCGCCGCUCCCACUCCCCAAACUGGCCUGAGGAGAAGCCACCCAGCUACCGCUCACUGGAUGUCAUCCCAGGCAAGAAUGGCAGGAAAAAAGGGAGUGUGGAGAGGCGCUCGGAGAGAGAGAGCUCCCAUAGUGGAAGGAGUGUGGUCAUUUAGUCACCGGGCACAGCAAUACUUCUGUGACUACUCAGCUCCUGCAUGUCAUCAGCACCACCUAGAUUUCCAAGUGACUUGGGAAGGACACCGCAAGUCUGUAUCUAACAGUUUUGGACUUAGAUUCUGAGAAUCAAAUAGAAGAAUUUUAAAAACAGAGUUUGAGAAAUUAAUAACUUGGUUUUGGCGUUGGUUCACACUCUGCAUAUUUAGAUAGUCUCUGACUUGUAGUGGACCCAAAUGGGAUGUGAUCCCUCAAGAACUUAGUAGCCUGAGUCUUCAGCUAGGUUACACUGCUCAGAACCAUGACCAUUCUUAAAGUGAGAACUCAGGAAUCUUUAAGAAAAAAACAAAACAUGUUUCAAGAGCACAAAAUCUAUAGAGCACUAUAGGGAAAUUUCCAUGGGUACUUGUCUCCCUCUGUAGCAUAUCUGGAGGGUCCCUCCAUGUUAGGAGUCCACCUUGCUGCCACCAUGUCCCAUCCUGAGUGCUCCUGAGGGUCCAGUCAGAGAUGGCACAGGGAAUACUCCAGCAGUGUGCCCUCUCUUGGGCUAUUUAUUGCAAGUGUAGAAAAUCACAAAGAAGCAGUUUUGCACCAGCCUUACUCCAGUCCCUUGUUUUCCUCUUGUUUUUG